AUGGAAAGAGAAUUGAAACAGAAACGGCUUGAUGUUGAUUCGCUGGCAACUUCUAAUUCCGGUUAUCCUCGAGAUCGGAGACGACAUCCUUCUCCGCCGGCUAGAUCACCUGAAGAUUCCCCGUUGUCAACUAUGUCUUCUCUGUCAUCUCUCAGCCAUGGAUUCUCUCCCGAAAGAGUUGAGGUACAACCUGAAGCAGAAUCAGAAGCAGCAGAAGAAGGAGAGACAUCACACGGCUCACCAACGUUAGAUCCGUUGCCGGAUUUGUCCGGAGCGAGGGUGACGUCGCCGGCGCCUGUGUCGACGGUGAACAGGUAUGUUCGAGAAGAGACUGUUCCGAUUAAGAAAGCGGAACGCGGCGCUCAAGACGGAUACGUUGGAAAGCCACCGGAGGAACCACGAACAAGCGGUGGAAACCAAGGGAGGCGGCCGAGGCCAUCUAUGGGGAGCGUUAGUAGGAUGGAAAAAGAAGGAUCGAUGAAGAAGAUAGCGUUAGGGUUUAGGAUUUUCGAAUUGCUCUUUUGUUUGAUAUCGUUGUCGGUGAUGGCCACCGACAAGCGUCAGGGAUGGGCUCUCGAUUCAUUCUAUCGUUACAAGGAGUUCCGGUACUCCAUAGCAGUGAACAUUGUCGGAUUUGCAUACGCUGUGUUACAAGGAUUUGAUCUGGCCUAUCAGUUGGCCACCGGAAAUCAUUACAAAAGACGCCAUUAUCUCCGGUAUUACUUUGAUUUCGCCAUGGACCAGAUGUUGACAUACCUUCUGAUAUCAUCGGGAUCAUCAGCAGCCACAAGAGUAGACGACUGGAAAUCGAAUUGGGGUGCAGACAAGUUCCCACAGCUGGCUACCACUUCUGUUAGUCUUGGUUUUGUGGCUUUUGUUGCCUUUGCCUUCAGCUCUUUAAUCUCUGGUUAUCUUCUUCAUGCUUCCACAUCUUCAUGA